AUGACAACGCACCUUGUAGCGUAUUUUCGAACUAAAACAACUUCGUACGUGAAGUUACCUUUCUCUGUUCAUUUCUCCUGAUUUUGCUCUUUCUCUCGAUAUUGAAAUAAGAUUUUCUGCUCCCAAAUACAAUCAAUAUUGAAAAAAAUGCCACUGCGAAUCAAUCGAAAAUACAUUGAAUUGGCUACGAAAUGGAUUCCAACUGCAACAGCUUAUGGAGGCGGUGCAUCGUUAGCAUUAUUGUAUUUCACAGACUGGAAAGUGGUAGUGCAAUAUAUUCCUUUUUAUGGUAGCAAGUUUCAAAACUAAGCUACAAAGUUUCACAGUAAGAUUAUGUAAUAUAAUGUAAUAGUCUUGUUGGAAUAAUAGCAACUCUAUUGUAUCAUACUAUGUUUACAUGUGUCCUUUGUUCAUUUAAAUUAUAAAGUUCUAAUAAAAAAACAUAUGUAAAAU